UUGGUACAUUAAAAUGUCGGUCAAACUUUUAAUCAAAUUCUCAACGUUCACUCUCAUAUCGUAUUUACAGUAAACACAGUAGCGACGGCGGUGUCUGUGUUCUCUAAGCUUUCCUCAGUUGCAAGGUAAGGGGCCAAGGAGCAUAGUGUGCCAAAAGGAGAACAAGUAGAACACAAAUUCAUGUUUAAAAACAGGACAGCAAGCACAAAUAUAAGUUGAUUAUUUAAUACAAAUGGCUGAAUCGAGUAUCUCUGAGUUGGAAACUACAACCAAACCACAAGUCUUAUACCGGUGUAAGAAAUGUAGAAGAAUUGUUGCUUCAAAGGAGAAUAUAGUUACUCAUGAGCGUGGAGAAGGAGAAUCAAGCUUCAAGUGGAAAAAGAGAAGCAGUCAACCCUGCGAAAUGGAAAAGCAACCAAUUGAUUGUACCUCAGUAUUUGUUGAACCUAUGAAGUGGAUGCAAGCAGUGCAAGAAGGUCAUGUAGAGGAGAAACUUCUUUGUAUCGGAUGUAAUGCACGCCUGGGCUACUUCAACUGGGCUGGUAUGCAAUGCAGCUGCGGCGCUUGGGUUAACCCUGCAUUUCAACUUCAUAAAAGCAAAUUAGAUGAGUGCUACAUGUAAACUAAUCACCCUUUCAGCUUUCUCAAACCAAAGGUUGAGUUGUAUUAUUUUCUCAUGAACGAAAGAUAUGGAAGCUUAGCUUGGACCUUGGAGCAUUGCCUUGUGCUGCCUUUGCAUCUCCAAACUAUGUGUUUUAGGUUGCAUAUUAUAGGUUAGUCACUGAAUGAGUAAGGGAAAUAAAUUGGGAAUGAUUCUUAUGAUAUUGAUCUGCUAAUCUUCAUUUCAAGCUCAUAUCUUCUAAUCUCUUCCCUUCUUAUUUUUACCCAUAACAUUACUUUUGUUUCUCUCCUUUUUUGUGCGAGAAAUGCUAUCAACAACUAGAGUUGUGCAAGACACCUACCAAAAGAGGGAAGGGGGAAAUGUAAAAAAAAUGCAUUGUUUAUAAUUUGGUUUGUACUGACUGCCAGGCCAUAGUGGUAAGGUUUAAUUUUUUUUUUUCCCGAUGUAGAACUGUUUUGUCUAAGUAUGAACUUCACCUCAUAAUUGCUCCUGAGUUACCAAAUAUGAUCAUCAUGAAUUUAUUUGAUGCCCUGUAGGCGGUACAAUAUUUUAUAUU